AUGCUUAAGGAACAAAACAGAGAAAUAUUUAACAGAAAAUAAAAUUAAAUGAUUAGUCAAAGAAUAUUUGCUUUUAAAUUAUUGCAAUAAGAAAACUUAAUUUCUAAUUUUGUUAAUGAAAGAGAUUUUCUAUAAGAAAUUGAAAAGAAAAACAGUAUGAAUUUACAAGAAAAAGUUGCUUUCAAUAAAAAAUAUGCUCAAUUAUAUAAUAAAUUACAGUAAUAAUAUAAAUAAUGCAUUUAAAAUAAAAGAGAAAAAAAAUCUGCAAUUCAAAAAAGAGAUAAUAACCCAAAGCAUAAUCAAUUAUUGAAAUAAAUGUAUUGA